AUGGCACUUUCUUUAGCCAUUAACGUUCCUCCUGUUCGCGAUAACCUCCUUCGACACCCACAAUUUCAAUUCCCUCCAAACCAAGUCAAAUUCCCGAUUCCCUCCUCCGCCCGAAUUGGAUGUUCCUCCCCCUCUUCCUCUUUCAAUGACAUUUCCCUCAAAUCGGUUACCCCCAACACCAACAACUCUUUCGUUUGCCGCGCUCGUGCUACCCAGCUCGAAGUUCCGGCGGAGAUCGACCAACCAUACGCAGAAACCUAUGCUGUAGGGAGAAACAUUCGUAUGUCUGCUAACAAAGCUCGAAGAGUAGUCGAUCAGAUUCGCGGCCGUCCAUACGAGGAAACACUCAUGAUAUUGGAACUCAUGCCUUACCGUGCCUGUGAAGCCGUUAUUAAGAUUGUGUUUUCUGCUGGAGCAAAUGCAGCCAAUAACUUGGGUCUAAGCAAAUCAAGUUUGGUUAUUAGUAAAGCAGAGGUUAAUGAAGGCAGGACUUUGAAAAGAGUUAGAGCUCGAGCUCAGGGGCGGGCUGCCCAAAUUCUAAAGCGCACUUGUCAUAUUACCGUUUGGGUGAAAGGUUUGCCUAAUGAGACUGUCGUGGAAGCAAAUCCCUCUUGA